GCGAAGGACACGGAACGGUCCUUACAGAGGACAGAGGAACCUAAAACGCGAACAAUUCAAGCAUAUCAAGUCUUCACACACAGCUCCAGUGAUGUUUGCAUCUUCCUAAAGGAGCCGACAUUCACAGCUGCUACCUGCUAAAGACAGCGCUAACAGUGAGAGUAACCUGGGUCAUUCUGUGUCCAGCAUCAGAGCCCUCAUAACCAGGGCCCUGUGAGCAGUCGUGCCCUCUCCAGAGACCAGGCUGAUGUAAACUAAUCCUGGACCUGUCCUGCUCCCCUCCUCCUGGGUUGCCCUCUGGGUCCACACUCACCACUUCUGUUUUUCUGUGGGCCUUAAUCAAAAAAUACCCAACUGGAGCUUUUCCCCUGCCUGCUCGUGGUUUGCCUCAUUGACUCCCUUGGGUGCUAAGGGCCAUGGCGGUGCCCUCAGCGCAGGAGUUCCACUGGCAGAGUCUGGCCCGUCUGUCCAGUGGGCGAGUCUACCACACCCUGACCGAGGUGGGGGGGCAGAUGUACGUGCUGGGGGGGUGUGACGCUGGAGGACGGCCAUGUGGGGCACUAGAGCUCUACUCCCCAGAGGGAGACAAGUGGAUCUCUCUCCCCCAGAUGCCUACACCACGGGCGGGGGCGGCGGUGGCUGUUCUUGGGAAGCAAAUCCUGGUGGUGGGGGGAGUAGGGGAGGACCAGAGACCCAUGAAGGUGGUAGAGAUGUACCACACGGAUGAAGGCAGGUGGAGGAAGCGGAGCGCCCUCCGGGAGCCUCUCAUGGGCCUCUCCAUCGUAGUCAAAGAAAACCGAGCUUUGGCGGUGGGGGGAAUGGGUGCAGACUUGCUGCCUCGUAGCAUCCUUCAGCAGUAUGACCUUCGGAAAGAUGUGUGGGCUCUGCUCCCUCCCAUGCCCACGCCACGUUACGACGCCAACACUAACCUGCUGGGAAACAAGCUCUAUGUGGCAGGUGGGCGUCAGUGUAAAAGGCCAGUGAAGAGCUUGGAGGUGUACGACACAGAGGCACGUAGCUGGAGCACCCUGCCUGCACAGCCCUGUAAACGCUCCUAUGCUGGGGUGAUAUGGGACCCCAUGGGGAGGCUCUGUCUGCUGGGUGGACUGAGGCAGGGGGGAGGACACCAGAACUCUAAAUUCACCAAGAACGUCAACAUUUUCGACACCAAUCAAGGUGUGUGGCUGAAGUCAGAGGAGACCGUGGCCAUGAAGACGAAGAGAGCUGAUUUUGUCGCAGCUUAUCUGCGCGGGCGGAUGAUAGUAGCUGGAGGCCUGGGUCAUGAACCCUCAGCGCUGGACACAGUGGAGGCCUUCCACCCGGAGCGAAAGAAGUGGGAAAGAUUGGCUCCUAUGACCUUCCCACGGUGCUCAGCUUCCUCCAUCGUCAUCAAAGAUCGCCUCCUUGUGGUGGGAGGGGUUAACCAGGUUCCCAGUGCUGCCCAUGAAAUUCUGUAUGUCAAAGAAGAGGAGAUCCUGUAAUAUGAUGUGACUGACAGCCUGAAUGCACCCAACCAGCGCCCCCCUCUGUAUAUGUCCCCUAUACCUCUCCUGCAAUAUGAACAUCCACGCAGCUCAGAGAGGAGGGAGGUGUGCCAAUGCAAUGCCAUGUCACAGGUAACAGUGCCCCCUGCUGGGAAACUCACUGAAGCACACUCAAGCACAAAGGAGGAGCUGGCUCUUUCUAUAUAGUUGUAAAAUGUAACACUCCUGAAUUGUAUGUUGUAGUGCAUUCAUGGAGACUAUUUUGUAGCCUAUAGCUCUCAGCGUAUAGAGUUAUUAGCACAUAUGCAGCCCUCCCCAAUUUCUUCCAUGUUUAUUUGUGUCAUCUGUGUGCUGAUUUGGAGCCUAAUUCACCGCCAUAUUAAGAAAAGGCUUCCUGAUAGCUUC